AUGCCUCUCCACAUUUUGUCUGUUCUAUUCAUAACAGUUUUAUUUUGCCGGUAAAUUUUCUAUCUUCUGCCGCCACACCCGCGCGAAAUAGCGUUGCGUGCUGGAGUGCGCAGACGCGCGAACACUUUUUUCGCUCCGAGUGUUGUUCUCUUCGACUCAUCUCUGUUUCGCUCCUUUUCUGCCGGACAAUCCGGACUCUUUCCGACUCUUCAGACGCUUUUCUCUCUAAACCGAUUGAUUUAUAAUUUCGUAGCGAGCUUGUGUGUCGAUUUUCCCUUAUCAAUCGUCCUCACAGCGUUUUAUCACAAUUUUCGUGUCAAUUUUCCACCGAAAAAUAUUAAUUGUGCUCAUUUCCAGGCCGAGUGAAGUCGACGCGAUGACUGCCGUCGAGAAACUCUCAAAGCUAAGAGCUCUGUUCAAAAGUGAGCGCGUGCUUGCUCUCACUGCCCAUAAGCCUCUGACGGCCUAUCUGCUUCCAAGCACCGAUGCUCAUCAGGUAUCCCUUUCUUUUCCGUUUUUCUCUCCGACCAAACCGUCUUUUCUUGUUUCCAGAGCGAGUAUCUGGCCGAUUAUGACUUCCGCGUCAAGUUUCUGUCCGGAUUCAGCGGCUCUAAUGCGUACGUGUGCGUGACUGGCGACAAGGCUCUGCUCUGGACGGACGGUCGCUACUUCACCCAAGCUGGAAACCAGCUUGACAACAAUCACUGGACUCUCAUGAAGCAGGGGCUUCCCGAAUCGAUAGCGGUCGUCGAUUGGCUCAUCCGAGAGUUGGAAAGCGGAUCGGUUGUGGGCGUCGAUCCCACUUUGGCCACCUUCGAAGGUGGAAUCAAAAUGUUCAAGAAACUAAAGUCCGCUGGACUCAUUCCUGUCGCAAUCCCGGGAAAUCUAAUCGAUGAGUUCUGGGUCAAUCGUCCAGCUCUCAAGGGAGGCCCGGCUUAUAUUCUGAAGGAACAUGAAAGCGGAAAAUCGACCGCCCAGAAGGUCGAAGAACUCCGUGAGAAGCUUCGCAUCAGAAAGUGCGUGGCGACUGUGAUCACUCUUCUCGACGAUAUCAUGUGUACGUAAUGUCCAUUUAAUAAGUCUCCUAACUGAUUCCUUCUCAGGGCUGCUGAACAUUCGUGGAAGCGACAUCCCUUUCAAUCCGCUCACUUACUCGUACCUGUUCAUCACUAUGAAAGAGAUCCACGUCUUUAUCGAUCCGAAGAAGCUAGAUGAUACCGGAAAAAGCCAUCUUCUGGAGUCGGGCGUGCACGCUCAUCCGUACGAGAAAGCUCACGAAUACAUAUCUUACUGGCUGAAUACGAUGGUUCAAUCCGGAGAGAACCGUCUUACGUUCUUGUCUUCCGACUGCAACUAUGCGAUAGGAUCCAUUUUCGGAGAGGACAACUCAGUCAGUGACACGUCACUCGUGCAGGUUCGUUCUAUAUUUUCCAUUCCCCAAAAAUGUCUGUUUCAAGAUCGCAAAGGCUACGAAGAACAACGUUGAGAUGCAAGGAAUGCGCGUCAGUCACCUCAGAGACAGCGCCGCGCUUGUCGAGUUUUUGUGCUGGAUGGAGAAGGAGUUGGAAAGUGGAAAGGUGCACACGGAGGUCGAGUUGGCCAACAAGAUAGACCACUUGCGAAGCCUGCAAGACCAAUAUGUCACUCUGAGGUCGGAGUUGUUCUCUGAUCCUCUUCAUAAUCUCUGUUUUCAGCUUCGAAACUAUUUCGGCUGUCGGCGAUCAUGCCGCUCUUCCGCACUACAAACCCGCAGGAAACGACGGAGAGAGAUUAGCUUCCGCGAACGACGUGUACUUGGUCGACUCUGGAGCCCAUUACAAGGACGGAACGACGGAUGUGACCAGAACGGUCUGGUACAAAGCAGCUCCGAGAGAGUUCGUAUUCCACAACACUCUUGUCCUCAAAGGACACAUCAAUUUGGCACGUGCCAACUUCCCGGAAGGAAUUGUCGGUUCCCGUUUAGACACUCUCACUAGACACGCCCUCUGGACGCUCGGACUGGAUUUCGAGCAUGGAACGGGACACGGAGUUGGCCAUUAUUUGAAUGUGCACGAGGGACCCAGUGAGUGAAUGGUAAAACUACUUUUUUUUGACUCGAGGUUUUUCAGUUGGAAUCGGACACCGCAGUUUGCCGACCGGAGGAGAGCUGCACCCUGGACAAGUGCUCACCAUCGAGCCGGGAUUCUACGCGAAAGGCCGCUACGGUAUUCGCAUUGAAAACUGCUACGAGACUGUUCCGACAACGGUCGCUUCCGGAGCGUCGAACUUUCUCACUUUUAAGGUAGUGUGUUUCAGCUUCCACUCACAUUCCUAUCGGUUUUACAGGCGCUCACUCUCGUCCCAAUCCAGACUUCGAUCGUGGACAAGAGCCUUCUGAGUCCCGAGGAAAUCGACUGGCUUAACAACUACCACGCCCGUGUCCGCGCGGAAGUUGGACCCACUCUGCAGAAGGCCGGAAAGGCGGAAGCGUACGCGUGGCUCGUGAACGCCUGCCAACCGAUCUAA